UUUCUUCUUUGGGGUGGCGAGAAAAUUCAGAAAAUUUUACGGGUUAGGGCACCGCCUAUUUUCUUUCUGUAUUCUCACUUUCCAAACAGCAAUUGGGAAAAUAGCGGGAAAUUGGAAGUUGGAAGCCAUCUCAGUUUAACCAUUGCCUCGAGCCACUUGCGUCAAUUAAUCACUGCUUAUGUCAAUACCUUCAGAAUCAGCCGUUGAGGAAGGAGGAGGACAAGAACGAGAAGAACAUGAGAGAAACCACGAAGCAGCACAUCACCCUCCCGCCCCUUCUGACGAGCUUUUUGAUAUUUCGACAACAGUUGAUCCCAGUUAUAUUAUAUCCUUAAUACGAAAACUUGUACCAGUAGAUGGUAAGACUGGUAAUAAAUCCUCUGAGGUUGAUGCUUGCGAUGCAUCUACUGAAGGAUCAAAAUCUGAUGGAAGGGAACACAGUGCAGUCCUGUUGUCUCAGAAUGGAGUUAUGGACAACCAUGACAAUGGAAUUGAGGCGAUGGAUACUGUUGAACUUACCGGUCAUGAUGGAGGGGACUAUGAAUCAGAUAAGAAAAUGAGUGCAUUAAUGGGAGAAGAUGUUUGGGAAGAGUACGGAUGCAUUUUGUGGGACCUUGCAGCUAAUAAAACACAUGCUGAAUUCAUGGUGCAAAACCUUGUUCUUGAAGUGCUUUUGGCAAACCUGAUGGUUCCUCCAUCUGUUCGCAUCAUGGAAAUUAUCCUUGGAAUACUUGGAAACCUGGUGUGCCAUGAAGCAUCUUGCAGACAGAUACCUGCUACAGGUGGAUUGAUUGAAGUAAUUGUUGAUCAGUUGUUUCUAGAUGACACUCCUUGCCUCUGUGAAGCUUUCCGGGUAUUAACUUUAGGUCUUCAAGGUAGUGAAUGUGUCACAUGGGCUGAAGCAUUGAGAUCUGAAAAUAUUCUAUCCCGUAUUUUGUGGGUUGCAGAAAAUGCCUUAAAUCCGCAGCUUAUAGAAAAGAGUGUUGGGCUACUGUUAGCCAUACUUGAAAGUGAGCAAGUAGUAGCUGGUAUGCUUCCAAGUUUGAUGCAGUUGGGUCUUCCAGGUCUUCUGAUAAAUCUCUUGACUUUUGAGAUGAGCAAAUUUGCGGGAGAAAGAGUACCAGAAAGGUACUGUGUUCUUGAUAUAAUUCUCCGGACAAUUGAAGCUCUUUCUGUCACUGAUGAUUAUUCACAAGAAGUCAGUUCUAACAGGGAACUUUUUAGACUGCUUGUUGACCUUGUCAAAACGCCUGAUAAAAUUGAGGUUGCCAACUCUUGUGUUACUGCUGCCAUUUUAAUUGCAAAUAUACUUACCGAUGCAGCUGAUAUGGCCUUAGACAUAUCACAGGACUUGUCUUUCCUACAGGUUCUAUUUGAUAUAUUCCCUUUUGCUUCUGAUGAUAUAGAAGCAAAAAGUGCACUUUGGAGCAUUAUUAAUCAACUAUUGAUUCAACUCAAAGAAAGUCAGAUGAGCUUGUCAACACUCUAUCAACAUGUUUUGGUUUUUGUAAGCAAAUCAGAAUUGAUUGAAGAUGAGCUCCUUGACCAUCAGCUAGGCAGCUGCAAUGCUGGUGCGAAAUUAAGACGGAAAGCAACAGCUGUGAGAGAGAUUAUUGGUAUGUUAAGCCAAUGGAUUGCCCUGAAGGACUCAAAUAAGGAGAGCAAUUUUAUGAUGGAUAACCAUUUAGAUGAUGGGACAGUUGAUAGAUUGUUGGAAUGUUGUCACAAGUAUAAUGAUUGACUGCUGAUCCAUGGAGUUAGAAUUUUGAUUAGGCAUUUGAACAGUGGACUACUACCGUACCGGAUUUUUUAAAAGAUAAAAUCAGAUUUUGUUUUGCUCAUGGAAUAAACAGACGGUGGUUCCAGCUGAAGAAGUCAUUAGUGAAGACCCAGAUUAGCUGGUUCCUCUAGAAAGGUGUACCUACUUCCAAGACUUGUGGAAAGCCCUUCACAUCUUCCUGGUUCAGUCUCAAGUCAGACUUACACGAGUUAAACCAACAGUGGCACGUGAUUCACGAGAAGCUGCCCGCGUGCACGAUCCUUGAGUGAACUUCUACAGCUGGUGCCUAUAAGCACGUUUUUACCAGUUGCGUGGAAAAGAUUUGUAAGAAAGUAUAAGUUUAAGGGCUUAUGGGAUUCAUCUAUGUAUACAUCUUUAAGGUGAACGAAGAUGCAAAAAAACAGAGGUUACAAAAAAUGUGAUCAUAUCGAACCAUCCUGACAUGAGACAGAGUUGUUAAGAUGUUUGCAUAAACAAUGUGUGAUAAUAAGAUAUGCUGUACUUAAUGUAGUCUUAUAGCUUAUAAUUUCCAUUUC